AUGGUAGCCAUCAAAGACGUUCUCAAAGGUGGCCUAAACUGGCUGUUUACAAUCCAAGCGGCCCUGGACCAACACAAGACCAACGGUAACUGCGUCCUUGGAACUUUGCAAGCCCCCAAGCUUCCAAACUUCUUGAACAACAAUCCCCUUCCGAAUGGAUUUCCCUGGGGCCCGCUCACUGUCGAUGGUACCAACCCGUACAAGCAGUGGCCCAACACCGGUGUCGUCCGGACGCUCGACUUCACCAUUAGCCGUGGAGUCAUUGCACCUGACGGUUAUGAGCGCAAGGUUCUCUUGGUGAACGGCGCUUACCCCGGCCCGACCAUUGAGGCCAACUGGGGAGACUGGAUUCAGGUCACAGUCCACAACAACAUCGAAGACAACCCUGAGGGAACCUCUUUGCACUGGCACGGAUUCAGACAACAGAACACCCAAUGGGAGGAUGGUGUCCCGUCUAUCAGCCAGUGCCCCAUCGCUCCCGGUAAAAGCCACACCUACAAGUUCCAGGCUACUCUGUACGGCACCACGUGGUACCACUCCCACUACUCCAGCCAGUAUGCGGGUGGCGUGCUUGGGCCUAUGGUUAUCUACGGACCGGGAAAGAACAACUACGACAUUGACGUUGGUCCGGUCAUUCUUUCUGAUUGGUAUCACAAGCAAUACUUUGACAUCAUCGAGGACAUUCUUACGCCCAACGCUAGUGGUUUGGUCUUCUCUGACAACAACCUUAUCAACGGCAAGAACAACUUCAACUGCUCUACUGUGGCUGCUGGAGACAAGACCAAGUGCACCAACAACGCCGGUAUCUCAAAGUUCAAGUUCCAAACCGGCAAGACCCACCGUCUUCGCCUUAUCAACUCCGGUGCCGAGGGAACCCAGCGCUUCUCCAUUGACGGACACACCAUGACCGUCAUCGCCAAUGACUUUGUCCCAGUCGAGGCCUAUGACACCAAGGUUGUCACUCUUGGCAUCGGCCAGCGAACUGACGUCCUUGUCAAGGCCAACGCUGGUAACUCCAAGAGCGCUUUCUGGAUCCGCAGCAACCUCACCAGCUGCAGUCUUGCCAACCAGCCUCUUGCCCUUGCCGCCCUCUACUACGACCAAGCUGACCAGAACAAGGCACCCACGAGCAACGCCUGGAAUGUUCCCGACCCCGGCACCUGCACCAACGACGACCUUGCCUUGACCAAGCCCGUCAUGAAGCUUACGCCGCCUACCCCUGCCGUUACCCAGACCAUGGAGAUUCAGGUCACCCGUAACGCCUCUGGAAUCGUGCAGUGGAAGCUGGCUGGAGAGGACUUCAGAGGGGACUUUAAUAACCCUACUCUUGUCCAGGCAAACAAGGGAAAUUUGACGUUUGAUGCCGACUGGAACGUUCAGAACUAUGCGAACAGCGGCAGCGUUCGCAUCGUCGUCAGCAACAACAGCCCUGCUGCCCAUCCCAUGCAUCUUCACGGUUUCAACAUGUACAUUCUCCACGAGGGCGAUGGGCUGACCUGGGACGGAACCAUCACGAACCCCCAGAACCCUCAGCGUCGUGACGUCCAGCAAGUCCGCGCCAAUGGCCACAUGGUCAUGCAGUUCGACGCCGUCGAGAACCCCGGUGUCUGGCCUUUCCACUGCCACAUUGCCUGGCACGCAUCCGCUGGUCUCUUCUCUCAGCUCCUCGUCCAGCCUGACAAGAUCAAGCAGAUCCAGAUCCCCUCCAAGAUCAACCAGGUUUGCCAGGACUGGACUGCCUGGACCAACCGCAACGUCCCCGAUGUCAUUGACAGCGGUCAGUAA